AAUUGAUUUAAGACCAUAUUACGAACAAUUAUCAAAGUUAGACAUGUCUGCUGUUAUUGGUAUUACCUUUGGUAACACAUCUUCAUCCAUUGCUGUUGCUUCAUCUGAAGGAAAAGUCGAUGUCAUCGCCAAUCCUGAUGGUGAUAGAUCUAUUCCAUCUGCAUUAUCAUAUGUUGGUGAAGAUGAAUAUCAUGGAGUUCAAGCUGAAUCACAAUUAGUUAGAAAUCCAAAGAAUACUAUUAUCAAUUUCAGAGAUUUCAUCGGUAAACAAUUCGAUGAUGUUAAAGUUGAUGAUUCUUAUCAAGUUGGUGCUAAAGCCGUUAAAGGUUCUAAAGGUGAAGUUGCUUAUGAAAUUACUAGAAAUGAUAAAGUUGAAAUUAUUAGUGUUGAUGAAGUUAGUAUUAGACAUUUUAAGAAAAUGAAAUUAGCAGCUGAAGAUUUCAUUGGUAAAGAUAUUGAAGGAGUUGUUUUAACUGUUCCAACUGAUUUUAAUGAACAUCAAAGACAAGAAUUAGUUAAAAUUUCAAAUGCUGCUGGUUUAAAAGUUUUACAAUUAAUUAAUGAACCAACUGCUGCUUUAUUAGCUCAUUUAUCUGCUGAUGAUGGUGAACGUUUCUUACAAGAUAAAAUCUACGUGGUGGCUGAUUUCGGUGGUAUUAGAUCUGAUGCUGCUGUUAUUUCAGUUAGAGGUGGUAUUUUAACUAUUUUAGCAACUGCUCAUGAACACGGUUUAGGUGGAGAUAAAUUUGAUGGUGCUUUAGCUGAAUUUUUCGCUAAAGAAUUUGAAAAGAAAUAUAAAGCUAAUCCAAGAUCAAAUGCUAGAUCAUUAGCUAAAUUAAAAGCUGAAUCUAUUGUGGUUAAAAAGACUUUAUCAAAUGUUCAAACUUCAACUUGUUCUAUUGAAUCUUUAGCUGAAGGUUUAGAUUUCCAUACUACUAUAAAUAGAUUAAGAUAUGAAUUAACUGCUAGACAACCAUUAUCUGAAAUGGCUGGUUUUGUUGAAAAAGUGGUUGCCAAAGCUGGUUUAGAUGCUUUAGAUAUUAAUGAAGUUUUAUUAGUUGGUGGUGUUUCAAAUACUCCAAAAUUAGCUUCUAAUAUUCAAUUCCUUUUCCCAGAAUCAACUACUGUCGUUGCUCCAUCAUUAGAUCCAAAAGCCAUUGAUCCAUCUGAAUUAGUAGCAAGAGGUGCUGCUUUACAAGCUGCUUUAAUUGAAUCAUUUGAUGAAGAAGAAGUCGAUGAAUCAUUACAACCAAUUGUGGUUAACACUCAACAUAUUGCCAAACCAAUUGGUAUUAAAGAUGCCGAAGGUAAUUUCCAAUCUAUAUUAGUAGCUGAAACUGCUUAUCCAAUUAAAAAAUCCAUAGAAGUUACCAAUGGUGAAUCAUCAUCAGUUAUAAUUGAAUUAUAUGAAGGUAAAAGAACCGUAAAGGAAACUGUCAUUGAACCAGUUAAAGACGAAGAAGAUGAAGAAGAUGAUGAUUAUUCAGAUGAUGAACCUGAAAUCGUUAAAGAAUUAGUAUAUGAAGCUGGUGAUAAAUUAGCUACUUUAUCCUUAAAAGAUUUAAAAGCAAACUCAAAAUUAGAAGUUACUGUUAAUAUUACUCAAAAUGGUGUGUUACAUUUCUCUGGAAGAGAAUUGAAACAAGGUUCAGUUGCCGUUAAAGGAGAAGUUCAUCCUGCUUCUGCUUAAACAAUCAACACCCAUCAUUUUCACUCAUACGAUCAAAUAAGUUAUAUAUAUGUAUAGAAUAAAUUUACACUCUAAAUGUAAAAGCCGCACACAUUGUAAAUAUGCUGGUUCGCAG